CACCCUCUUUUCCAUGGCCUCCCAAAGUCUGAAACAUCGGCCCCAAGAUGAACCCACCAUCACCACCCCUUCCACCACCACUAUGAAGAAUAGAAAGGUCCAGAAGCUCGCCAUAGCCAAACGAGGCCUUCACUCGCUCACCGUUGCCAUCACCGUCCCCUUCAUCCUCACCACCCUCACCACCUAUAUCUCUGGUGCUGCAGCCGCCGCCACCUCGAAGCCCUUCUGGCACCUACCAGUGUGGGUCUUCUAUCUUGCCUCCAUCUCCACCUCCUGCCUCAUGGGCCUCUCAGCCUGGCUUGUGUGGGCCGAAGGCGGCUUCCACCACCAGCCCACCACCCUGCCCCUCUUUGUGGCCCAGUUCUUAUUGGGCCUUGUUUGGGGCCCACUAGUUUUCUGGCUCCACGCCACCAGGGUGGGCCUGAUGGUCUGCAUCGUCCUCUUUGCCACCCUCUUCAUUUGCUCUCAGAGCUUCCACCAGGUGAAUCCGAUCGCCGGUGACCUCGUCAAGCCAUCCCUUGCUUGGGUCUCCUUCCUUGCAAUGUUUAACUAUAAGCUUAUAUAAAGUUUGCUUUUGUGUACCCUCUUUUUUGAAUCUUCCAUCCAUAAUUUUCUUAGCUGAUUAAAAUGUGUCAUAUGUUGGUCUUAUUUCUAUAUCUGCUACAUUUCAUUUGUUAAUUGGAAUUAGGGAACUUAUAAUGUCCAUUGAAAAUUGUCUUGAGAGGGAUGCUACUGCUAAAUACACCUACACGUGACGUUGUGGGCAGCCUAGUAGCCAAUAUAACUAUGUCCAAAAUUGAAGAUGGAUAGAA